AUGGCAGUGGCUUUAAGAACGCGCCUGGAGCCCGGGAUCCAGCUGGGCCGCCCCGUGCCACUGUACCGAGCGCUGGCGGGACAGAGCAGCCUGCAGCUGGGUGAACGCGCCGGGCUGCCUUUACUUGCGUCUUCCGGUGUUUCCCCGUGCGACCCAUCCUGUCGGGGUGCCUCGUGGGCUGCCCCGGAGUUCACCCCACGAUCAGCGGCACCAGUGGUGAAGAUGACGAGAUCCAAGACUUUCCAGGCAUAUUUGUCCUCCUGCCACUGGACCUACAGCUGCAUUCAUUGCAGAGCUCACUUGGCCAAUCAUGAUGAACUCAUUUCCAAGUUGUUCCAAGGAAGUCAAGGAUGUGCAUACCUCUUUAAUUCAGUAGUUAAUGUGGGCUGUGGGCCCACAGAAGAGCGAGUGUUGCUAACAGGACUGCAUGCAGUUGCAGACAUUUAUUGUGGAAACUGCAAAACCACUCUGGGCUGGAAAUAUGAACAUGCCUUUGAAAGCAGCCAGAAGUAUAAAGAAGGCAAAUACAUCAUUGAGUUAGCACACAUGAUCAAGGACAAUGGCUGGGACUGA